AUGAUCUUUUCAAAGAGCAUCUUCCUGGCUUUGUCCACCAUUGCCGGUGUUCUGGCGCUGCCAGGCGACUACCACGACAAACGCCAAACCAUUACCACCAGCCAAACAGGAACCAACAAUGGCUACUACUACUCUUUCUGGACCAACGGUGGUGGUACCGUUGAUUAUACCAAUGGUGCGGGUGGUGAGUAUAGCGUGAGCUGGACCAACUGCGGAGACUUUACUUCCGGCAAAGGCUGGAGCACUGGAAGCGCCCGGAACAUCAACUUCUCCGGUUCAUUCAACCCAUCUGGAAACGCAUAUCUCUCCGUCUACGGCUGGACUACUGGUCCACUCGUCGAGUACUACAUCAUGGAAAACUACGGCACGUACAACCCAGGCAGCUCUAUGACCUACAAGGGUACUGUCACCAGUGAUGGCUCAGUGUAUGAUAUCUACGAGCACCAGCAGGUCAACCAGCCCUCUAUCUCCGGCACGGCAACUUUCAACCAGUACUGGUCCAUUCGCCGAAACAAGAGAUCCAGCGGUACUGUGACCACUGCCAACCACUUCAAAGCUUGGGCUGCGCUUGGCAUGAACUUGGGUAGCUUCAAUUACCAGAUUGUGUCUACCGAAGGAUACGAGAGCAGCGGAUCUGCAGCCAUUACCGUCUCCUAG